CCCGGACUUUCAGAACCGAGAAUCGUCGAGAUUAGUGUACUGCCAGCGACAAGAACGGAAGACCGGAUUAAAGCCGUUAUCUUGAUGCGCGAACAUCUUCCAAAUGUCGGUCAAACGGGUUGGUGCACGUUUGUACAAUCUGACAUCGUUAUUUGGCUCGCUAAUUGCCUUUUGGAAUUAUUCGGUGUUGCAUAGACGAAGGAGUCGGUUCUCGGGCUGUGGCAUGUCAUAACAGUUUGAUUGUGAGAGCUGCUCCGCUAUGGAAACAUUUUGUGUCGUACGGUAGCAGAGUAAUGCAGACUGAGUUGUUAGAAGGGAGACUUCGCUGCGCAGGGAUCUGAAAAUCGUUCCUUCAGUUUCGUACACCUUGCUCCGUACGAAAUAACGCUCUCCCCGCGUGUCACGCAGCACGAGUGACGAUAAUAAUAAGGAGCGUACGGGAAAAGUCGGCGACCCUAUUAGUUUCCAAACACUCCUCGAGGGCAGCGUGGAGAGAGAGAGACAGCCAAAGUACGAUGUUUCCGUGCGAGCGAGAUCUCAUCCAACCUAAAUGUGCGCGUGACAUUUCUCUGGCCGUGUAUUUUGUCUCGAGUUCUAAUUCAGACGUCAUAGCUUGGCACGCGCUUGGCGAAAAACCAACGGUCACUUCAUAGUUUGACAGGAUUCGGUUAACGCGUCGGUUAGUUUGACUACAUUGUGGCCACACGGACCGUGUAGGCUUUCGGUUCUUUCUGCGAAAGAAAACGUCUGUCUCGGCAAAUCUACGAUCGCGGGACCUACAUUUGGUUGUUUUUGUGGGUGAACAUCGGCGAUAUUUAUCACUGACUCCCAUUUCAGCAGGCGUUUCGUGUCACCUGAGAGGCUCUGGUAUUGUGUGUUACGGUUUUUUAGUAGCUCCGGCUAGAACAAGCGAGUGGGUUGGUCGGAGAAACAAACAUUUUGCUCUGUUUUAGGAUGAUGCUCUAUCCUGAUAUUACGCUUGCUGUGGAUACGUGACACGGGCUGGUCAUCGACUGCUUUUCUGCAUCCUCCUCCUUUGUGCAUUUAUGAGCUCCGGGCUGCGGAGCUCCGGCAGACUGACCUGGAGACCGCGAGUGUGCUGAGCUCCAGUCUAGAGAGGAGAGACGAUGCUAAUUUCCUCGACUCCGUUUAUCAUUGCGCUGGUAACCCCGUUCAAAAGAACGAGGGCUGAAGAAAAACACGAUCUCUCACUCCCACUGUUCCUGCGUUUUCAAUAAUUGAGAUGCCUGAUGAUGAAAAUGUCUGCACGAAAAUGAUCGGUUCUAUCUUUAGCAGCAGAUAUAAUCACGGGUAUAACACAUCAUAAACUUUCCAAUCAUCAGACUUUCGCUAAAGGCCUAUACGGCUUGGUUAUUCUAGACAGGUACUUUAAGUGCAUCGACAUCAGUUGAAUCUCAUUUGAAGUCAGAAAGAUAAGCAGUUCGUAUUUUAAGACAGCUGUCACCUGUAUCGACAAUGCGGAGCUGCAUGCGCUCACCUGUAUUCUGAUGCGAUCAAGAGUUUACGAUGUUUAUGUUGUUUGGAUUUGAGACUUAGAUAUUUAGAUUUGGUUAAUUGUGAUGGUUAUGUAUGCAGUUUGAUUUUCUGAAGUAAUAUCUGUUCUCAAUCAUGUCAUUCUUUCUAAAUUAAGAGCAUAACCUCGAGAGACAUUGGGAUGAAUUCGUCUCGAAUCUAACAAUGUGCAAUUUCAAUUCGAGUUCAGAUCUCUCAGUUCGAUUUUGUUUUCAGGGUUUCAACCAACAUGAAGAUCCAGAAAAUAUCAAGGAAUUGUAAUUGAUAUUUCCAGCUAUAUGGCAAAGUCAUUAAAAUGAGUUAAAGUCAUGGACAUAUAGCGAGUUUAAGUUUUAAUAUCACAUUGCCUAUAUGUAGUAAAACCAUAAUAGACAGCCAUAUUGUACAAAAAUGAUUAUGAUGAUUUAAAUCUAUUAAUUUGAAAAAGCUAUUAUCUGACAUGGAAAUCUACCACCACAAUCUUUAAAUAAAUCCAUAUGCACUAAUAAUGCAUGACUGUAAACGUCAUGUAAAUUAAUUUGACAAAAAGUGUGGAAACCCUGUAUAUUGAUUUGAUCUGUUGGUCUCUGAUAGGAGUUUUGCAAGGCCUGACACACAGCGCUACUGGAAUUAGAUUAAAUCACAGCUUGACCACCUCAUUAUAAGCAAACAUUUUAGUAACGCACACUCUGUGACUGUGGACAUGAGAUGCUUUGCCUUUAUCUAAUGUCGGUAAAGAGUAAAGCGCCUAUGUUAGACCAUGCAUCACAUUAAUGGUUGCUCUGUUUUUUUCUUGCUCUGUUGAUGUUGUCUUGAUCUACUGCAGUUUGUCCCACUGAGGUAAUGAGGCCAGCAUAAAACCAGCAUCAACUUUUGUAUGGCCUUGCAUCCUUUAUUCUCAAUCUUUGCCAUUUUCCUCCAUUGCGCUGUGUGAGGUUUUGGGAUCUGAUCAGUAUUGGGUCCUCUGCUUCUUUCAAAAGGGGGGAUUUAGAGUAUGCAGACUGUGAAAACUGUGCCUUCAGCUGUGGAGGAACUGUACACUAACCAGAGGAGAACCCUAUAAAAAGUCACUUGUCCACACACACUGAGUAAUGUGUUGAGAAAACGCCUAUGCAGGUGGAUCCCUCACCAAUGAAUGUAGGAGAUGGAGGGACGGUGAGCAGAGAGAGCAGUGCCCCUACCCAGGUGUCUGAGAGCAUGGUGGGGAAUCCACAGCAGACACUGCCUCUUGAACUUAGAGGUGAUGUACCUCAAAGUCAGCAGAACAAGCUGAGGGCAACCACAGACUGCAAAAUACCCAACGUCUGCUCAGAAGCAAACAAUUCAAAUCAUUGUCCCCUAGAUCCUUCCCCCCAACAUCACAGUAAUGUGUUCAGCACUGAUCCCAUGAGCACAACGUUGCCUGAUCGGACUGAGGUUUCCAAAAGCAAGAUUGACAGUUCUGGCAUAUAUUCCACUCACCAGUGGCCUUGUGGUAAAAAUGUCACCGCAGAGGACCCUGUGAAUUCUGUUCACUCUAGUAUAAACCUAAACAAGAAGACUAAUGCACCAGCACCAACCCAGCCUGUAAUAAGCGUUCCUUUGGGGUUCCAGUGCUCCACGCUGUUUAAACCCGGCCAGCCUGUUGCUUUCCUUCCCCCCUCCAAUUUUUCUUCUCCUCUCUGUAAGAUCACAUUGCCACCAGGGUUAGGUCAGAUUGCAGCACUGAGAGAAGCCACUGCUAGCCAGUUUCAAAAGGACUGCACAGCACAAAGCUCUUGUUCGGGUGUCACACCUAUGCUCAAAACAUACCCAUAUCACUUUUCCGUGGGGAGAGGACCUGGUGCUGAGAAGAGGCCUCAGUCUUCAGGAUCCAAAGUCAGGUGUGAUUCUUUAUCCAAGGGCUUUCAAGGUGGAGCUGAGCAUAAAGCCACAAUGUCUGCUGUAUCAGCCCCAGCUCUUGGCCUUCCAGUACCGCAAGCAACGCAGGGCUCGACUCCACCAACCCGUUACACCAUCUCUCCCACUGCUGCCAUCUGCUGCAGCCCAGCUCUUGCAAAUAUCACCACUCAGAGUCGGCUGCUUAGCCUUGUAGAAAAAGGUUUGACAUACCGAGGUACCGAAAAAACCUCGUUGGCGUAUCUGAAACCAAAAACUCUGUCCUCUCCAGAGGAGCACAAUGUUUCCUGCCCCGUUGAGUCAAGGGACGUGCCCCUUGAUCUGUCUGCAAAGUCCAAGCGACAAAAAAGCAUUAAAGAUGCUCAGAACAGCCCAUUGGUGGCCACGGAACAUCAUUCUGCUGAGUCUCAUCAGAAGAAUGUUUCUGGUCCAAAAAAGGUUCAUUCUGCUUCUUUUGGAUCAUCCAGUACAUAUGACACCCAAAGAAAUGGUGCAACUCAGAAAUCAUCUUCAAAACUAACUAAUCACCACGCUUUGGAACCCAACGCAUCCUGGGCCAAAGGCUCAUCUCCUGGCUCCUUGAAUAAUCUCCCUGGUACAUAUGUAGGAGUGGCAAGCCCCAUUCUAGCAUCUACUUUACGUAGCAAAGAUGGAAAAAGUGCUGCUUUUGUUGAAGAUAUUCAGACAUUUGCCAAACAGGAAACCAUCUCCAUCAUCGACCAAGGAGAGCAGCCGGUCUGUAGAGAGAAGAAAGCGCCAUUUACUAUUAAAGGUGCUCAGCAUAAUAAAGGUGGAAAGCUCUCGACAGUAACUCAAGGUUUUUUAUCCACCCAUUUAUGUGCUACAGCAAAUUCACAGCCCCACCAAAAAUCUGUUGGUGGAAAGGGAGGCACCCUGUUCACACCUCCAGUUAAAUCCUUGUGGCAGCCAUCUUGUGUUCUUUCCCAAGGAACAUCCCUGCAGAAGAGACCAAGUGUGACUCAAGCCCCAAAGACGAAGAGCACCCUCGGUUGUGAGAGAGCCCUGUUCCAUAACUCCCACUUAAGCCCAACUAAAGUAGAGGAUGAAAAGUGGGAGAAGGCCAAAUCCCCCCUGUCUAACCUUGAGUCGAUAGUGAAGCAGAAAACUCUCGAGACCACUGCGCUUACUGGUGAGAACUACUGUAAUCUGUCUUCUGUGGGAUCCAAGAGGCCUGAGGUAGCCAGCAUGCAGAACAGGUGUCAGGAGUCCGCGUUGCAGCAGACCCUAACAGCUGGUUCUCCCCCAUUCAGGGCCAUAGAAGGACAGGUCAUCAAGUCAGACAGAACCUCUCCACAAACGGAUGCCAUAGCAGCUCUAAGCAGACCGGAGAUCACAACUGUUCCUGUGCCCAAUGAUAACAAACGAGAGAAACAAGCAAAACAGAAAGAAUAUCAAGCAUCUGAUGGUAGACAGAAAAUGAAAUCUAGUACCCCUAGUAAAAGGAGUGCUCCCAAUAUUAAAGGAGAAUCGAAGGAAAGGAAAUUGGCUAAACAGUUAGAGGAUGAGAACGCAAAAGAGGAGAAGGCAUCAGAGAGGAAGAUUUCUUCUCAUGUUCAGGUAGAAGGGAUAACCUUAUCCCUCCUUCAGAACCAGACCACAGAAGCAGAAGGAGAGGCAAAAAUGAAUGGAGCCACAGAGGAGAUACCUUCCAAAGGAAAAGUAUCCGCCACCAAACAGAAAAACCUGAAAAAGCCUGCCAAGGAGAAGGUACCUUCUGGAGUGCAAAAAAAGACAGUAACUAAGAAGCAGAAAGAUAAAAACAGUCUACCAAUCAAGAAGGACCCCUCCCAUAAAAAGAAGAAAGAUGCAUUGCCUGGAGUUGGAAAAAGUGUGCUGAAAAAUGGAACAAGCUCAGCCUCUAAAGUAGUGGGAAAGACUCGCAAAGGGAAAAACUGUCCAGCUAAUAUGGAGCACUCCGACUCAAACAGAAUAGUCACAGAUUCAGAGAACAGUCCAUGCAGAAGUCCUCAGGUUGACAGAGAUUCAAGCUCUCUCAGCAGUCCAGGCUGGCCUAGUAAGGAAUCAGACUCCCAGGAGGAGGCCUCUCCGCGGCUGAGACGAGGGCACAGACGGACUGAUGAAGCGUUGCUCCGAGACUGGAGCUUCGCUACUCCACCUACUCCUCCCCCUCUCGAUCCCCCCUCUAUACCACCCCCUGUACCAGUCCGCCGGCCGCGCGGCAGGCCUCGAAUCAAUCCUCUGCCCGAGGAGGUGGAUGCGGACAAGGCAAGGCCCACUGAGGGUGGAAACACCUCUUCAAUAAAGAAAAGGAAACGCUGCAAGAAUCGUAAAUAUCAGAACGGGGAAUACAUCACAGAGAAAGAUAAGGUGGCAGAUGGAGAGGAGGAGAAGCUGGGCGUGGAAGAUGGUGAGGCCACUAAUGAGAAGAUUGGUGUGUACCCUUGUCUCAGUGCUACAUUGACCGGUGAAGUGCCCAGUCCAGAUAUUAGCCCUAGGAAGACCCUGUUCACACGUUCGGGCUCAGCACGACCUCAAGAGAGCCCACCCAACACACAGCCUGAUGACAAACCCUCAGGGAAGAGGAAGUUCAAAAGUAAACACUUGUGUGACACUGACGACCAGAAAAAGCUCAAGACUAAGAAAGGCAGCUUGGGUAAACGCACAGGGCCCCUCAUUUCAGAUGAGGAUGGUCCAGUCACCAAGAAAACCCCAACUACUCCUUAUGCUUCUCCCAAGCAUUCAAACUCACCACUAUCUGGUAAAAAAGGAACAGUUGGGAAAUCAGGAAUCCCUGAAACAACUCCAAGCCGUCCAGUGCCUCCAGAAGUGCGUCGACUUAUUGUCAAUAAGAAUGCAGGAGAGACGCUGUUACAGAGAGCUGCUCGAUUAGGUUACCAGGAUGUGGUUUUAUAUUGCUUGGAAAAGGAUGUGCGAGAGGUGAACCGUCGCGAUAACGCGGGUUACACGGCACUACAUGAGGCCUGUGCACGUGGCUGGACGCACAUCGUACAGGUGCUGCUGAAGCAUGGCGCAGAUGUUAACUGCAGUGCACAGGAUGGAACGCGCCCAAUUCAUGAUGCAGUAGCAGCUGAUAAUCUGGCUGCCGUCUGGAUGCUAUUAAAUCAUGGGGCAGAUCCCACACUGGCAACUUACUCUGGUCAGACUGCAGUUAAACUAGCCCAGAGUCCCGGAAUGAAAACUUUCCUCAAAGAGUACUUCACUGAUUUAGAAGGACGAACAGACCAAGAUCCAAAACUACAGUGGGAUUUCUACAGUAGUUCUGUAUUUGAGACAGAACAGGAACCUUGCUGGGACUUUCUACUGUCUCAGCCUGAGGAAGACAGCGUGGACAACUUGAGCGAGCAGGUGAAGGAGAAAGACACUGAUACAGACUGUUUUGUGUUCGAGUUCUCCUCCGAUCCCCUCCUACCCUGCUACCACAUUCAAGUAUCACUAAUGCAGGGGUUUUGUAACUGGUUUUUGGUGGCGGAUGUGCUGAAGCGGCUUAAGAUGUCAGCACGUAUUUUCCGGACUCGGUACCCUCAGUUUGAGGUGGUGAGCAUCGCUCAGGCUGAGCUGUGGAAGCAGGUCUCCGUCAGUCAAACGUGCAUGGUUCCGGAUGAGCUCCAGACGGAUGACGAAGACGGAGAGGAGACGGUGGAGCUGGUGCGAUGCGUACCAGAGCUACAGGGACUGCUAGGCUCCUCCAUACAACUCCUCCGAGAAGAUGAGGAAGACAAGUCAGGGCCCAACACCAGACCCUGCAGUCGAUAGCAACUCCUGCCCUAAAUCUCCUGGGAUCGUCAGCAGCCGUCCGUAGUCAUGCGCGGGUCCGAUGGCCUGUUACCAGUACCAGCACUUUGUAUGUUCAGAAUCAGCAAGAAAGGUCCUAUUUCCUCAC